AUGUGCAGCCGCGAGAAGGACGUACCUGCGCUUGCUAGCGACGCGAAGGGUGUGGCAGAUGGCCGUCCGGCCGCGCUUGCGCCGUCGGCGGCCUCAUCUGGCCCCCCACUUAUGACGACCAGUGCUGUGGCUAUGGUUUUGAUGGACACAGCUCCGGAAACUUUGAAGACAGCACUGUCUGUUCCGCUCCCCGUUUCUGAAGAUGAGAGCUCCACCGCCCCUCAGCGACGCGGACGAAGCGGGAAACAGAAGAGGAGGGCAACAGCCGCGACGUCCGCUGUUCGCAGCUCGCCGAUCGAGAAGAGGGCCAAGCAAGAUUUCGCCCCUGACGCUGACGGUUUUGUCCCGGUCCGGCGCACUGCAAGACGCAUGCAGUCAUCGACGACGCUUCCAACUGCCGUCGCCAACUCAUUCGACGCGCUCGCUGACGCGCCGGACCAGCUGCCACGCGAUCCUGCGCCGAAGAAAGACUCCCAUCUUCCACCGGUGGUCCUCCAGUUUCGGCCGCCUAUGGGGAACUACAGAAGAAGUGCGUGCCCCCGUCCGCCCACCGAGAAGCCGACAUGUGCACUCUGUGGCGGUGCUCACGUGGCCAGCUAUCGUGGGUGUGAGGUGUGGAAGCGUGCCAUCGCUCGCCAACGUGGCCAAACACCAGCGACGCGUCCGAAGAAGCCAGCAACGAGACGGGCCGGCGUCUUUUUCGCGGAGGAAACGUCAGGGGCGCCCUCCGCCGUCCCGGCUGCGUCGGCUGCUCCUGCUCCUGCCGCGUCCGAUGCUGAGCCGAUACCUGAGGCUCCUGCGCCUCCACCACAGCUGAUAGUGGCCGACCCGGGUACUGCCUCUCCCGGGCCGUCGGCCACACCGCGCCCCGCCAAUCGCCUGCGCGGGGGUCAGCGCCCCGUGGGCACCCAGCGCUCAGCACCGUCAGUCGAGCAGCCCCAGGUGGACUCUCCAAGCGAGUCAGCCACGCCUCCCCCUUCCAGCGACGGGGCCGCGCCGGCUGCCUCCACCGCUGACCUGUCCAACCUCGUCGCGCAGCUCACUGCCCUGGUGACCAGUGCUACGAAGUUGGUUGAAGCCCUGUCGCAGCAACUCACCGCUGCAGUGCCGAUGGCCUCUCCGGCCCCGACCGCUGUCAACACUCGCCAGCUGCACCAUGGGCAGCGUUAG